AUGGUAAUUCAAUGGCUUCAUCGGAAAGUACCCGUUUUCUAUCUAGCUAUAGACAUUAGAUGUUAUUGUAAGCCGUUCACGGAAGCACUCAUUGAUAGCAUGCAAUACUCAAAUAAAAGUUCUAUGAAAAGAAAUAGAGCUAAGAAAAGAUUUUGGCACGCUAUUAUUGAAAGUGGUCAAUUUCAGUCAAGGAGUUUAUUUUAUGGAUUAGCUGCGAAGUCGAUAGUACCAUGCUUGGUCACAGAAAAGGUGUCCGGCCAGCUACGUCCAGUUUUCAAAAAAGCAGCUGAAGCCUUCCAGAAGUACGUCGCGGAACACACACGUGAAAACUAG